CGCAACCGCCCGGGCGGGACGUUGCCCGCUUGGCUUGCAGGUUUCCUUAGAGACCGAAGCGGCCCCGGCGGCGGCGGUGGUGGCGGCGGCUGGGCAGCCACCACAGCCGUGAGGCUGGAGAAGCCAAGAUGUCGUCGAAGGGAAAAGACAAAACGAAACGCAAGAGCAAAAGCAAAAACAAGAAUGUAUUAAUAAUAAAACCAGAUGAAUCUGUAGUGCAAAGAGCCAAGGCCAAUGCCUCCCUUUGGGAAGCCAGAUUGGAAGUCACAGAACUGUCCAGGAUUGAGUAUCGUGAUACUUCCCGGAGACUGGCAAAAAGUAAUGAGGAGUUGAAGAAACAGCAGUAUAAAAUGGAGAAAGAUACAAUGUCUGUAUUAAGCUACCUGAAGAAGCAGGAUCAGGAGAAAGAUAAUAUGAUUGACAAACUGAAACAGCAAUUGACUGAAACAAAGGAAAAAGCCCAAGAGGAGAGGGAAAAAUUGGAACAAAACUAUACCAUGCAAAUAAAGGAGCUGGAGGCACAGUUCUAUCAAAAAGCCAAAGAAAUUGGCAUGAUUCAGACAGAGCUGAAGACAAUAAGACAAUUUCAAAAGAGAAAAAUCCAAGUGGAAAAAGAAUUAGCUGAUCUGAACAAGAAUUUAAGGAACACAGAGCGGAAACAUCAGGAGACUCUUAGAAGACUGGAAGGCAGGUUUUUUGAAGAAAAGCACCGUCUAGAAGAAGAGGCUGAAAAGAAGAUAAUCACGCUGGCAGAGAGAGCCCACCAUGAAGCUGUUGUGCAACUGAACAAUGCUGGAAGAAAUGUUUUUAUAGAGAAUGUUUCUCUCCAGAAAGCUCUUGCAUACCACCUAAAGGAAGCUGAUGCUCUUCAAAAAAGCUCCCAGAAGUUGCAAGAGAGUCAUACUGUCCUUUUACAUCAAAAGGAGAUCAAUGAUCUGUUGGUUAAGGAAAAGAUUAUGCAACUUACUCAGCAGAGAUCACAAAUCCAAACUCUUAAGAAGAAGGUGGUAAGCUUGGAGACUGCUCUGAAUUGCAUGACCAGAGAGUUUGAGACUGAAGUUUUAAAACUGCAGCAACAGGCAACGAUAGAGAACCAAGCAGGUCGGGUAGAAAUUGACAAGCUGCAGCAUAUUCUUCAGAUGAAGGACAAGGAAAUGAAUCGAGUGAAGAAGCUGGCCAAGAACAUACUGGAUGAAAGAACAGAAGUGGAAAGAUUCUUUUUAGAUGCUCUGUACCAAGUGAAGCAGCAGAUCUUGUUUAGCAGGAAGCAUUAUAAGCAGAUAGCACAAGCUGCUUUCAAUUUAAAAAUGAGAGCAGCAUGUGCAGGAAAAACAGAAUAUCCCCCAAUCAGAACAUUUGAUGGUAGAGAGCACAGUACCAAUAGUGUGAAUCAGGAUCUUAUGGAGGCCGAGAAAUGGACAGAUAUUCAAGGAAAUGUGGAUAUUGGAGAUUUGACCUGGGAGCAGAAGGAGAAAGUCUUGAGAUUGCUCUUUGCAAAAAUGAAUGGUUUUGUUCCUAGGAAAUACAGCCAGAGUUCUAGACCUCCAGUUCCAGACUAUGUUGUUUCUGACAGUGGAGAAAGAAAGGAAUUUGGGGAUGGAAGUAAGCUUCAAGAUGAAACCUUCAUCACGCAGCAAGUUCCAAUAUCAGACUCUUCUGGUGAAAUGGUGCUACCCAAUAUUCCAAAAGAAUCACAAUAGUCUGACAUAGGGAUCUUCUGAGAAGCACUGAUAAACAUAUGACCCCACAGAAGCUGCUGGAUGGCCCUUCCUUGGAGAAUUCUUGUUCCCGAAUAUGUUCACAUUUCUUAAAGGGGAAAAAAAAUUUUAACUCAAAAGUUACCUGUUUGCCAUAGAAAUUGGUGUCUCCCCUGAAGGAAGAUCGAGAGCCAGUGAAUGAGAACAUUGGCAAAGGCACUGGAAUGGGGACAUUCACUCCCACCUAAAGCAGAACAAAUACACAUCAAAUAUUAAGUGAAAGACUCAAACAAGGGAACUCUCCAUUUAAAAGCACAAAGACAUCAGAGACCAUCUUUAAAUACCCAUCUUCCACCCCCGCCUCUACGUCAUGAAUUUUUAUUUCCGAGGAAGAUAUAGAGCAUUGCCGGAGGUUAGCGGGGCAAUCUUUAAACAAGUUGCAGUGAUUGAUCACUGUUUACUGUUUCCUCUUUGGAAAUAGUAAAUGGCUAUAAAAAUCUCCUAAAAAUUCUCUUCACAAACCUGUCCAACAUCCACCAGGUGGGAAUAUUUCCGAGCAGUGGCUCCAUUGGUGGUGAAGAUGGCAGUUCCAUUUCCAUAUGGGUUGUCAUUUACAAUCUUGAUGGCUUCAUCCAAUGUUUCUGUCUCCAGAACCACAAGAACUGGACCAAAAAUCUCCUCUUUGUAACAGGUCAUAUUUGGCUACCAGGAGUGAUGCAUCCAGAAAAGAAUUCAGCUUUUUAGAUUCUGA